AUCUGUGUAGCUUAUUUCUGAAUUAAUGGAUUUUAAAGGGGCCUCUGAGGUAUAAAGGUUAAGAAACCUGAAUGCACUCUUCAAAAGACAAACAAAUUCACUCAUGUUGAGUAAAGUCCAACGGGAAUCGCACUUCGGUUAAAUCAGAAGGGACUUUUGAAGAGAGCCUGACAGCGGGUGAACAUACAUAAAGAUAAACUAAUCUUCAACUCAGCCAAAACCUGCAGCCCAGUCUCAAGGACAGGUCUGGGUUUCGUUAUUUGCAACAUGAUGGAUCUUCUCCACAGCUGGGGGAUCGAACUGGCAGUGCAUCUACAGACCGAAUACAGCAGGUAUGAGGACUGGUUUAAUCUGGCAUCAACAGUGGCUGAUCUGCAUACCACAUUCUUCUGGCUAUUCCCCAUCUGGUUCUACCUGCGGAGGGACUCCGGGCUGAGGCUGAUCUGGGUAGCAGUCAUUGGAGACUGGCUCAACCUGGUGCUUAAAUGGGUUCUUUUUGGGGAGAGACCAUAUUGGUGGGUUCACGAAACUCAGUUCUAUGGAACAGGUUCACCCCCUCAUCUGCAGCAGUUCCCCAUAACAUGUGAAACCGGUCCAGGAAGCCCUUCAGGACAUGCUAUGGGUGCUGCUAGUGUGUGGUAUGUGAUGGUAACAGCUCUGCUGUCUAUGGCAAAAGAAAACCAAUGCCGUCCUUUACUAUACAGAUUCUUGCAGAGUUGUCUUUGGACACUAAUGGGCAUGGUGGAGCUGCUGGUCUGCAUGUCCAGGGUCUAUAUGGCGGCCCACUUCCCACACCAAGUCAUUGCUGGAGUCAUCACAGGAAUAAUAGUGGCUGGGACUGUUUCACAAUUGAAGUGGAUCUACAGGGCCAGCAUGAAGAAAUACAUCUUUAUGUCAGUCUUCUUGACUUCCUUCGCUGUUGGUUUCUACCUCCUGCUUAAGGCUGUGGGUGUGGACCUCCUGUGGACUUUGGAGAAAGCCCAACGUUGGUGUGUGAGGGCUGAGUGGGUCCACCUGGACACCACUCCCUUCGCCAGCCUCCUCCGUAACACAGGAAGCCUGUUCGGGUUGGGUUUAGGACUACACUCACCCCUCUACACUGAAACCAAGAGGAGCAGAAGUGUUACUUUCAAGAUGGGAUGCGUUGUUGUCUCCUUAUUGCUUCUUCAGAUGUUGGAUGGGUGGACAUUUUCUUCUGAAAACAGCAUGACCUUCUAUUGCCUGUCUUUCAGUAAGAGUGCAGUUGCACUUUUAAUUCCAACCACUUUGGUGCCAUGGGCGCUCUAUCGGAUUUGGAAUGGAAACAUUGAAGACAAGAACUUGUGAUUAAAGGUAAAAUUUAGGGUAAUUUGUAAGUUUAAUUCCCAGUAUUGUGUUGUUGAGGCUUACGAUUAUGGCUCAAAUUGCAGGGUACACUUGUUGGGGGGGAUAGGUCUGACAUCUCCCUAGCUAAGACUCAACAAAAGAGGUAACAGCAACAUUUAUAUAUCGUUCUUACCUGUAGUCAUAAAGAUUCAUGGCUAGUAUAAUAUGGUAAUGUGAUUUCAUACAUUGCUAAAGUGGACCAUACCAUUUCCUAACAUUAGUUAAAACUCUUGUCUG